AUAUUACCCGGCGCCAUGGGGGCUUCGGACCCGGAAGUGGCGCCCAGGGCUCGCGGCGGUGCCGCGGGGAUGGCGGGAGCAGGAGCUGGAGCUGGAGCUCGCGGCGGAGCGGCUGCGGGGGUCGAGGCCCGGGCUCGGGAUCCGCCGCCCGCGCACCGCGCACACCCGCGCCAUCCUCGGCCUGCAGCGCAGCCCUCCGCCCGCAGAAUGGACGGCGCGUCCGGGGGUCUGGGCUCGGGGGACAACGCCCCGACCACCGAGGCUCUUUUCGUGGCGCUGGGCGCGGGUGUGACGGCGCUUAGCCACCCGCUGCUGUAUGUGAAGCUGCUAAUCCAGGUGGGGCAUGAGCCGAUGCCCCCCACGCUUGGGACCAAUGUGCUGGGGAGGAAGGUCCUUUACCUGCCGAGCUUCUUCACCUAUGCCAAGUACAUUGUGCAAGUGGACGGGAAGAUCGGGCUCUUCCGGGGCCUGAGCCCCCGCUUGAUGUCCAACGCCCUCUCCACUGUGACUCGGGGCAGCAUGAAGAAGGUUUUCCCUCCCGAUGAGAUAGAGCAGGUUUCCAACAAGGAUGACAUGAAGACCUCCCUGAAGAAAGUAGUGAAGGAGACGUCCUACGAGAUGAUGAUGCAGUGUGUGUCCCGCAUGCUGGCCCACCCCCUGCAUGUCAUCUCAAUGCGCUGCAUGGUCCAAUUUGUGGGACCCGAAGCCAAAUACAGUGGUGUGCUGAGCUCCAUUGGGAAGAUUUUCAAAGAGGAGGGGCUGCUGGGAUUCUUUGUUGGCUUAAUCCCUCAUCUCCUGGGCGAUGUGGUUUUCUUGUGGGGCUGUAACCUGCUGGCCCACUUCAUCAAUGCCUACCUGGUGGAUGACAGCUUCAGCCAGGCCCUGGCCAUCCGGAGCUACACCAAGUUUGUGAUGGGGAUCGCAGUGAGCAUGCUGACCUACCCCUUCCUACUGGUCGGAGACCUCAUGGCUGUGAACAAUUGUGGGCUGCAGGCUGGGCUCCCCCCCUACUCCCCAGUGUUCAAAUCCUGGAUUCAUUGCUGGAAGUACCUGAGUGUGCAGGGCCAGCUGUUCCGUGGCUCCAGCCUGCUUUUCCGCCGGGUGUCAUCAGGAUGGUGUUUUGCCCUGGAGUAACCUAAACCACCUGACCAAACUCCUAGUCUCAGCCUGGCCCUCUGGUGAGGCCGAUCAUUUCGGGAUACCUGUAGGGAGACUGCAGCCCAGCAACACCUAGGUGUACCCCAGCCCCGCUGGGCUACAGUUUUCUUAUUGGCCAUGCGUCUGUUGAGGUGUGGGGUUGCGCAGGGGUG